CUUACAGAAACAACCUAAGGGUGAGCAGGAAGGACAAGUAAAUGGGGUUUCCAAGCUGUUUCAGGAACAUAAAUAUUUCCAACAAGAUGAUUUCAUCAAGAUGAGAACAUCCUUCAUCCAGAGGAGCUCCUUCUUUCACGGUGCCCGGCAAACCACGAUGGGUGCCUCUGAGCCUCGUGCAGGCUGGUCCUUCCUGUGUUUGUCCUCCCAAUCAGCUGCACACCUUGACCCUCCACACAAGAAAAGCCAGUCUUCCUGCUGAGCCCAGUCAGAAUCCAUGCAACAUCCCUGUGAAGUGGAGCCCAUGGAGAGUCUUCAGUCCAGUUCAGACCCUGGAGCCAAGGAUGCUGCUGUGGAUGAUGCCGUGUUAAGGAAGAAAGAGCAGAAAGAUGUUGAACUUGAUAAGAAAAUCUUAGCUUUGCGGAAAAAGAAUGAAGCGCUAAUACGAAGGUACCAGGAAAUAGAAGAGGACAAAAAGCGAGCGGAACAGGAGGGAAUGGCUGUUACCUCCAGAAGGCCCAAGCAGGAUGGACUCACUAUUACGAUCACCAAAGCUCACAACGACCUGAAAGAUGCAAUUACCCAGACUGAACACUAUGGACAAGAUAGCCCAGCCCUCUCGAUGGACAAAAGGGUGGUGAGUGAGAAAUGGGGAAGCCCCUGUCCUACAAGCCCUGGGUUCGGUGUUGGCAGUGAGGAAGAGGAGGAGGAGGAGGAAGCAGAUCAUAUGUUCACGUUCAGGAUGGGGAAGAGGAUGCAGCUGGCUGUUACCAUGGACAACAAAGCAAAGGGCAAGAGGAUUGUCAGCGAGAAACGCACUGAGAGCUUCCCUGGCCCGGGCCGAGCUCCGGACCUGAGCGAGGAGGAGAUGGACCAUUUGGUGGCUUUCCGACGGGGAAGGAGGAUGCAGAUUGCCAUCACCAUGGAUAACAAGGAAAAGGCAGAAGAGCGGAGAACAGCAGAGAAGAGGAGAUCAGACAGUGACAGAGGCCCAGAAAGUGAGCACAGCCGGAAGGAUGGUGGGAAGCCAGUCCAGAAGAGCCCUGGAGACCUGAGUUUCCCCAUGACUGGCCGGGAGCGCUCUGAGUACAUCCGCUGGAAGAGGGAGCGAGACCAGAUUGACCUGGAGCGCCUGGCACGUCACAAGAAUGCCAAGGGCGAGUGGCGACGGGCUUGGGAUGUGGAGAAGUCAGAGCACAUGUUUGAAGAGGACUUUGUUAAGGAUGGGCAGCCAGCCUUGGAUAAUCCCAGCAAUAAGAAAGGGGGAAGGAAUGCAAAGAAAUUCCAGCACAGGUCCUUUCCUGCGGAAGGGAGAGGUGGAGGACAUCAUGGAGUGAAUGUGAGCGACCCUGGUCCGAAAGCAGUGCCUGCUGUGAGCAGCCGAGCCAAGGGGAAGGACAGACUGACAGGCAGAGCCAGAAGAUGGGAUGCAAAAGAAGGCGAAGACAUGUCUCUUCUGAAGGAUGACCUUGAUGGCCAGAAAAGCCUUGGUGUGGAGAGGCGGAAGAGCAGAGGUGACGAGGAGGUGGAAGAGAACUGCACAGCUGAGCUGGAGGAAAAGGGGAAACAGCCAAGCCUCCAGGAUCACGGGGCCUCCUCCUCACAGCAGCUGCGAAGUGGGAAGGUCCAGCCUGCCCAGAAUGGCCAGAAGGAGGAGCAGAGGGGAAUGAGGGACUGCAGCACAGAGGUAUCUGUGGCCAGUGCCGGGGACUCGGAGCCAGGGCCCAAGCCAAGCAAUGAAAGUGUUGGGGAAGAUGCCAGCGGGAAGCCUGGCACUACUGACAUCUCCCAGGAGAAGGAGAGCACUGACAGCACUACUUCACAGAGCAGCCUUCAGAGCACUGUGCAAGGCAGCAGGCCUGGCAGCAAGGAGACCUCGUCACUGCCCGUGGGAGUGAAUGUAGAUGGAGCUGGAUUGGAGAAACAGCCAGCUUCAGAACAGGAGUCCUCUGAGAACUCUUCCAACAACCACGGAGGAGAGCUCGACACAGCAGCAGGAGACAGACUGGAUGCAGACCAAGGACAGCUGGUGAGCAGAGGAGGGGAAGAAGUGACCCAAACCACUGCUCUUGAGGGACAGGCGCUUGCACUGAAAGGAAGUGAAGAUGCUGGAGGCACUGAACACCAUGAACCUUCACCCCAAGGGAAAGCCAGCUCUGAUGGGACUGUUGUGCCUGAGCAGGACACGGCAAAAUCCCAGUCUGGGGAAGGGGACCAGCCUGAGGAUUGCAAGGACAAGGACAGUGGGGACACUCACAACUAGCAGAUUGUACCGCCUUGCCUGAAACAUAAGGAUAACGUGCUGGAGGCGGUGGAGGAGAAGAGGAGCGCAAGCUUGUCCUCACUCUUUUACCUUCUAUGAAAUCAGCUUUCAGCACCUGCCUAGUGCCCUUCAGCACCAUUCACAACACGUGGGGUCCCCAUCACCACCCCCACCCACAGUUCUGGCAUCCCCCUUCCCUAUCCGUGUGUCAAAGGACAGGGAAGGGUGCACACACUCCCACCCUACAAAGAAAACGCCAUCACUUACCUGUUUGUUUGGCAUAUAUUGCAGCUGCGUGGCAAGCCAAGGAAAUGUCUACUGGAUGCACUUUAUUUUAUUUAACUAAUUCUUUUUAAACUUAUGGCUUGGGUUUCUGGGCACACCCCCCAUUUUUUUCCCAAAGGCUGGAGGCACGUGUCAGGGGCUGUGCCAGCAAGUGGAACAGCAGGAAGAGGUGACUGGCAAAGCAGAGGGGUGAGGAGUUAGGGUGUAGUUCAGUAGGUGGGUGAAGAAGUUGUGUUCAGAGCUCUUGUACUACAGGUUUGCACGUGGUUGAAGUGUUGGCAGAGGUACAUGGUAGUGACAGGGGCUGCGGGGCAUGAGCAGGAUGGAUGGAUGGACAGAGCACUUCUGACAAGCACAGAUCAACCCCAGCACCUCCUCCUUGAAGAACCUCCAGCUCUCCUCCCCUUUUAGAGGCUGAGGAGCACGUCAGGACAGUGCUUUGUGCCAAGGAAGGUGGCUGCUUGGGUGACCAGAUGUGUGCAUAACUCAGCAAACUCCACUGCCCCUUCCCAAGCGUAACUGGGCAUCCCUGCAGCACGGCAAGGAGGGGGACAGCACAAUAAUCUUCCUCCUCCACCACACUGCCCAAAGCAGUUGGCAGCAGGACCCGGGCCAAACUGGAGCUGGAGGUCCAAGACUUCAUAUCAAACAUUUUCACCUUCCUGGUAGUGCCUUCCAUAGUCUAUAAGGGAGUAGGAAUCCUCUCUAAGCUGCCCUGCAGACCUUCUGACCUGGCCUUAAAGAUACCUUUCAAAUGGAGGAUCUGGAGGAGCUUUACAAGCACAAACAUGCAGGAAUUCCAGCUGCUUGGCUUUCCAGUUACAGCAAGCUAGGACCCAGCUGGAAUACAGCUACCAGUUAAGGAGAAGGCACAAGGAAUAACACAACAUAAUUUCUGACUUCUGAAUGACAGGGCAGAGUGGGCAUCACCCUGACUUCAAGGUGCUGCUCUAAAUUUGAUGCCAGAGUAUGCGUCUCUGGGACAGGUAUGUGUGGAGACUGCCAGGAAUGUCCUGCAGGAUGUUGGCUGACCAGGCUGGCAGACUUCCCUGGAGAUCAGGUUGGCACGUGUGGACUGAAAUACUCUAUGCUGCUUUAAUAAACUAAUAUUUGCACAGACAAACAUUUGUUUUUCCACGUGACUUAGACCCGUAACACCUAUCAUGAAGCACAAGCCUGGGAAUUUCCUCCCUAUGCCAAAUUCAGGAGACUUUAUUGGCAUCACACCAGGUAUUAUCAAGAAACAGAGCGUGCAGCUUUUGUAUUUUAUCAGUAGAAACAUCUCCACCCCACCAAAGCCCAGACUGAGUUUAUUUGGAUUUACCCAACAGAUAAACAGAAGAUUGUAAAACUGCUCCAGGUCCUGGAGCUUCUCCAUUGCUUAAGUUAAAGGCUGAUUUUCCUUAUCUGACUGGCUCAAAAACCUGUUUGCAAUUGUUUAGUUUUAAAAUUUAUUAUUAUUUUGUACAUCAGGUCUCUGACCUGACUCUUGGUCUAGUCAGACUGAGUCAUUACCAGCAUUUCCCAGGAGCCAGUUUGCCUCAUGGUCCAUGGAACAAACAGUUUCAGCUCAAGAGCUGUUGCACUCCAGGAGCAGUUGGACACAUGGCCAGGCAGGAUUUUCACACUGCUCUGGUUCAGUACUGUGUUGAAGAGAUAAAAAACCUUAUUGCCCUAGACUCCAUUCUGAAAGGAAAACCAUCACUGGUCCUCCAUUCCCUCCUUUUUUUCCUUUCUUCCAAGUGACUUUGCAGAUAAUGAUGCCCAGGAAAGACUGAGUCUGAUCCAGGCUCUGAGGAUGGGACUGGACAGGUUGUGCCUGUUCUAAGUGUAUUUUUUCCUGCUCAUUAACACUUUGCUCAAUGCACUUUGUUUGGUGCCUGGGUUGUGAUUUUUCAGACAACUGUGGCUUAGCUGUUUCUUCUUUAUGGUGAGAGAAAAAACUGAAAAGUUGACAAAUCUGAUGUAGAGGGAUUAUUUAUAUGAAAUAAAAGUUGGAAUGAGGAAAAACCUCCUGUUUCUUACUGUUUCUCAUUUACACGUGUAGAGAUUUCCAGACUGAAUCAGUAAUGUCUGCUUUUUAGAGCAACAGCUCCAGUUCAGAGCACUGAUUCCUUCAGGAAACACUGAACUCCUGGACUCGGCUUUCUCACCACAAAAGCUCCCUGCAGUGAUGCCAGGAAGAUGAGGAUCAAUUCUUCAUUGAGGCACCAGAGCCACCAUCUCAUCACCACUGUACUUUUCUUGAAAGCAAAUAUAAGGGCAGCUCACAGACUUCAGAGCCACACCUGCCUGCACAGGACCCAUUCCUUCCCAACAGUGGCUGGUAGCUCAGGGAUUUGGUGGAAGUUGCUGCAGCUUUUCCAGACACAAGGGAAGCAGCAGCACUCCCAGGCAGAAUGCUUUUUCCUUCAAACUAAAGGAUCAGCUGGCCACUAGACCUUGUUCUUUUCCUUAAAAAUUUACAAUCAGUUGCAAUACAGCAACCCUGUAGCUAAAACUUCCAGAAGUGAUCCCAGACUAGUGAGUCAGCUCUUGCAUAAAGGAUGUAAUUUAAAAAAAAGAAUCAAGCCAAGGACAAAGCUGCAUUUGGAUAAAGUUGGAGGUACUUGUUUCUGAAGCAACUACUGAAGGAGACAAUAACACAAAAUCCUGACAGCAGUUCAGCUCUCCAUUCCUGCUACAAGUCCAAUACAUGGUAGCAGGAGCACACACACAGACCACUAACCAGUAAAGGCCAAUACAGAGUCUUUAGAUAUAAAAAUAACAGAAAAUUUCACUGGUUUUCCACAACAAUCUUCCUCCAGAUAAACUGGUUGCAGGUGGCAGAGAGCACUGGCACUUAGCCAUUGAAUUUGUAUUUUAAAUGCAUAAUACAGUAAUUAGUGCUUUUCAAGUCAAUGAGAGGCCCAGAACAGCAGCAGGAUACAGCACUGCUGGGAAGUUUAGGACAUUGCCUGCUGCCUUCCCUGGAAAGGUUGCACAGAAACAGCUCAACCAGCUCCCAGGCUCUGCAGCACUGGCAGGUAACACUGGGAAGUCCGUGGCUGAUUCCUGCUCACGCCAUCCCAGUGCAGUGACACAGCACCUGGCCAGCUUUCCCUAAACUGCCUCUGAACACCUGUGGAACAGCCACAAGCCAAGCUUCAUCUCCUUAGCUUCAUGCUCCAGCUCAGCUAUGACUGUUACGCCAUUCCCCUCGCUGUGUGCUCCAGGACUCAGAGCCAGCCAUUGGUAACACCCCCUUGAGCAGCCCACCGAGAUCAGCUUUGACUUCUCUGAGGGAAAUCCCUGAUGCCCAGAAGCAGCCACUGAUUUUGUUAUCAUCACUACACCACACAACUGCUUUUCAGCUACGCUCAGGGAUUAAGUCAAGAUUCCCUGUCAGAAGAACUGCACAGGAAUCUGGGAUUAAGAUGACGUGCAUUGCAUCAGAUGAGCCACCAAGAGAAUGCGCACGGGGAAAAGAGAGCUUUUAGAGAUGGAAACGUGAGCCAGCUGCUGGAGCAGAUUAUAUGCUCCAGUAACUCUUUUUCCUGUUAUUUCCCUUCUGGUCCCUCUGCACGUGAGUUGCACUAAAUGCUCUCCUUGGACAAACUGGGCUCAUUGGGACAAGACCAGUGUGCACAGGCCGAGGGCAGGUAUUAGAUGUCUAUCACAAAAGCAAAAGGCUUUAAGGUAAUUCGCUCACAUUUGAGUACCUCCUUCGUCCAAAUGACUUCCAGACGCCUCCCUUCCUCACUGAUGUGCACACACUGGGAAUAUGGCACAGCUCUGUUGGCAGGUGACAUGCAGGAGCACAGUUGUGUGAAGGGAAUAACCCUCCCCAGCAAUUCCAAGGAGUCAACAUCUUGAAUCACAAGGUUACAGUAAUUUCUACCCAGGAAGCAACUCACAACCCUGUGCCUUGUCUUGCCUGAUACAAUCUAUCAGACUAAGUGAACCACAAUUUUAUUAUUUUUUUGAGGAGCAAUGAAGGGAAAGGGUGAACUGGAGCUGAAGUAACACAACAGAUGACACAACCAUCUGCCUUUUAAACCUCAGCUUUACCCCAGACUGGUGACUGCACCAUUUUAGGGCUCUAAAGCAAUUCUGUUGAGAUGCAGAUGACUCUCUCAGUACAAAGAUGGCAACAUAAUGCAAAAAUUCCCAGUCCAAGUAUCUGUUGCAGCCAAUCUACUUACAAAGAAAUCCCUAGUGCCCUGAAUUUUAAGUUAGCUUACACCUAGAAACCAGUCCAGAUGAGCUAUUUUUCUUACUCCAGUAUUUGCAAAGUACGCUUAGUCACCGAUUUCUUCGACAGUCUGUCAUGAUGAGAGUAAGAAGCACAGCAACGGGCUCAUUACAGGCUGACAACAGCUCCCAACGGGAGCACAUCUGCCUCCGGAGGGCUAUGAUUCCUGGCUAGGAAAGGGAUGGGGAAAAGAUUGUAGCUGGAGAAUAUGGUUCCAGAAGAUUUGGAAAACCAGGCUGCAGAAAUCACCAAAGGUCCCUGGCCAUUAAGCCAGCAGCCCACAACCCUUCUGCGUCUUCCUCAGGCAGAUUCCCCUCCCUCGCACACUCAGUACAACCAGAGUGAAGCCCCAGGAUGCUCCAAAGCCAGUUGUAAAAGGUACAGAAAUAGCAGCAUUUCACUGAAAUCUGUUUGUCAGCAGAGGAGAAGAUGCAAAAACACAGUCUGGGAACUCACCAAGCCUGCACUUUCCUACAGGAAUGCAGACAGCCACAACCAUCCUCGUACUGGCUCAUCAACUAUUUUUAGCACCAGAAGGGGAGGCAGCCAUCAGUGAAAGGCCUGUUCCCUUUGAUCCAGCGGAUUUGAGCACUGUCUCUGUCCCAGAGAUCCUUUGCUACCAAAACCACAAACCAGGUAAAGAGCUUUAGGUUGUUCCUGCUCCCAAGUACAAGGCGUCUCUCAGCAGUUACACUACAGGUUGGAAGAGGGCCACGCAGCCCAUUUAAUUCCAUUCACUUCCUCUCCCCUCUGCACCAUGCAACCAGGCUCUAUUAGUCUUCUGAGAGCAAUUGUAGUUAAAGUGAAGGAUGCCAGGAGGCCCUGGGCACUCAGCACAGACUGGAUGCAGCGUUCAGAGACGCUAGAGUCACCAGCUCCAAGCUGCAGGCCAGCAGCAGAGAAAUCCCAGCAUCCAUGUCAUUGCACGCAGCUUUAUUUAUCUCCAAAGGUUUUACAAGUUAAACACAAGCUCCUUCUCAGAGACACUUCCCAACUGGUUCUGCAUUUAGCACCCGAGCUAAGGAGCAGACUAAACUCAACUGGCACCACAAUGAGCCUGGUUUCUCUGUCGCUCAUUCCUCCCUUGGGUAGCUGCAGGAACUUUCCCCCACAACCAGAGGUGUAUCCCAAGGCCAGCAAAUGGCAUUGCUGUCACCAGGACCUGGAACUGCCGUGGGCAUGAGCAGUCCCACAGAAAGGGAUCAACACACUGCGGGCAGAACCAUCAAAGGAACACAAUUCCCCACUCACAGAACAGACACCCAUGGGGCCCGGAGCCAGUGCUGCUGUGGGACACUCAGCCUUCCUUCCACAGAUAAACAGCAAGAGCAGAGAAGCAGCUCGGGAGGUGACAGCUGCAGGGCACCCAUCUGCUGACACAGUGCUUCCAGCACUUCCACCUGCCCCGCAGGAGGGUGGCAGCAAUCCCAUGAUUUUGGCUAAAGUGACUAAGCGGGAUCGUUUUAUCCUUCCCACCAGGUUUUCGUUCCAACAAGACAAAGCCUUCCCUGCACGCUCCCCAGAACACUGGAAAGGAGGGUGAAAAGGUCACAAACCACUCUCCUUUUACCUCAUUUCUCCCUACAAGCCCUCUGGUCCUGGUUCUACCUUUCACAGAUGCUGUAAAGGCAAUGCCCAGCUGAGGGUGCAGCCUUAACAAACCAACACAGUCUCAAACCCUGAUUUUGAUAUGAAACAGCUCUUUUCAAGCAGCCAAGUGCUGUAUUUUAUGGUUCCUUUGUGAUCUGCACAACUGAAAUACGUACGCCACGUUACAGCACAUUUGCAUCCCUCAGCAGAAGGAAUCUGAACUGCUGUGAUUCUUUCAUAGGGAUGCAGCACAGCCUGGCAGCCUCACAGAUUCAGCCGAAUUCAUCCAUCUAGAAAGCAGCAGCUUGGAACAACAUGGCUCUUAGAGUUUCUAGUUUAUAUCCCACAUCCCAGAGUCAUUAAAGGCCAUUUUUUCACACUGUUCAUCCAGGAACAGAAGAUUUCUGAGGACCACAGGGCAGGAAACCAAGGAGCUGGGAGUAGAGCCUUCCUAGGACACAGCAAGAGCUGCCUGGCCCAGACCUACCCUGGUUCCGCAUGCCCCAGAGGUGCGGGGAUGAUCUGUAAGCGCUGCCAUCCCUUGCAGGCAGCAGCACGCGGGUUCAACUGCGCAGCAGCUCAGAGCCCACCAGCACCCACCGCCACAGCUCCACCUGCUCUGCCAGCACAGAUCAAACCUUUCCAGCACCACUGCUUCGUUUCCACAAUUAGCCACGUAUAGAGGUUUCUCCAGCCUCACCUACAGAGACCAAUGACAAAUGAAUCAACAUCAUAUACCACAGUUGCCCAUUGCAGUGGCCAAAUUUUUGCUACUCAGACCCCUUCCAGUUCAGCAGUCCUCCUCCCACCACCGAAGAGAACAUACUUUGUUACAGAGACUUUCAUAUUGGGAAAAUAUUUUAAUAUAGUAAACAAGUCAAUUUACCUUCCACAUAUUUUAAAUAAGUUUAUGCUCAUCGUUAAACAAAACUGUUUUUACUUCAACAACGGAUUACAGCCUCUAAAUUCGUAUUGUUCCCAGCUGAUCCUGUAAAUAGCGAGGAAUUUUGGACACCGAUAUCCUUGUAUAGGUAACAGACUGGCAUAAACAGCGCAGGAAUUCAAUGCGGGUUCAAAGGGAGAAGCUAGCCCUGGUGAGGAAGAAAACGAAGCCACAAAAUUCCCUUUUGAGGAAAAACCGGGGGGAAAAAGAAGA